ACAUACGAAUCUCUCUCUCUCUCUCUCUCUCUCUCUCUCUCUCUGUUUAGAGAACAUUGGUCUAUAUAAGAAAAGAUUAUAAACCAAAACCAGGGAGAGAGAGAGAAACAACAGCUUUAGCCCCCUCGUCCAUGGCGGCGUCGUCGACGUCGUUCUCGUCGUUCCGCUACGGCGAUAGCCUCUCGGUGGUGGCGAUCUCGGCGCUCACGGCCGUGCUCUGCGAGGCGAUCUCGUGGCUCCUCAUCUACCGCACCUCCUCCUACAAAUCCCUCCGCUCCUCCAUCGACAAGGCCUCCAAGAAGCUCCAAUCCAUGAAGUCCCCCUCCUCCGCAACCCCCUCCUCCUCUUCCUCCUCCUCAAACCCCUCCUCCUCCUCCUCCUCCAAGGGCUCAACAAUGGCGACGACGACCUCUUCGACCUCUUCGUCGUCGUCUAGGGCUCGGAAGAUGGAUCGGGUGGAGGCGAGCCUCAAGGAGUCGACGCGCGACCUCUCGCUCUCCAAGUUCAAGUCCGGGGCCGUGGUCGCCGCGGUGCUCUUCGUCGUCUUCGGCCUCCUCAACUCCCUCUUCGAGGGCCGCGCCGUCGCCAAGCUCCCCUUCGCCCCCGUCCCCCUCGUCCUCAAGAUGAGCCACCGCGGCCUCCCCGGCGCCGAUCCCACCGAUUGCUCCAUGCCCUUCCUCUACUUCCUCUGCUCCAUCAGCAUCCGCACCAACCUCCAGAAGCUCCUCGGCUUCGCCCCGCCCCGGGGGGCCGCCGCAGCGGGGGGCGGCCUCUUCCCCAUCCCCGAUCCCAAAACCAAUUGAUCAUCUCUGAUUUCAGUUGAUUCAAAUGAUCCGAAAAGGAGCUGAUCUUGGUGAGGUUGCAGGAUGUUCUGGUAAAGAUUUUGAAGCUUAUUGCGAUAUUAGAUGGAAGAUGUACCUUUAAUUAAUACAUUAAUGUCCGAAGAAUGGUGCUAAUAAUGUUUAGACAGCAAUUGUCAGCUAUUUAUAUUUCCUAAAGAGUUCUCAUUUAAGCAUUAUAUGAAUUCAGUUACGUACGUCUUCUAUGAAGAAUAAUCUUUUCCUUUGAACAUAAAUUGAAUCAAUCUUGAUGCUUGUUCA